CGGGCGGCGCGGCCGCUGCGCUGCGGGAGCUGCCCCGGAGCGGCGCGGGGCUCGUCGGCCGAAAGGAUCAGGACCAAUUGAUUGGCAGUGCUGCACCCUUUUCUUCAUCCUAAAGUGCUCCUUGGAUGCUAACUGGCAGUUUUGGCUUCAGAAGGAUUACAAGACUGGGGGGAAUGCAUGAGGAACACUGAUAUGAAGAGAACUUCCUGAAGGUCAUGGCAAUGAAAUUUGGCUAGUGGGGAAUCGCCUUCCAGAAUAGACUGCGGCCUCAGCCUUCCACUGAAACAGUUGCACAAGGUGAUGGCCGCGCUCCGCACGGACCAGGCGCGGCGCCGGCGCAGGUAGCGCGGCUCCAUGGAGGGCAGCGGCGCGGCCCCGGAGGAGGAGGAGAGCGGGGCCGCGAACGGGGCUCCCCCGCCGCCGCCGCCGCCCACGCCGGCCGCCCCCUGCGGCUUCAGCUCCUCCCUCUGCUUCAGCGCCGCCGCCGCCGAGCCGCAGCCGCCCGCGGCCGGCGGCAGAGUGGUGCAGAACCAGUGGGAGAUUAAUAACGCCGCCUGCCAGCCGGAGGAGGAGGAUGAGGAGGUGGUGGGGCCGCGGGACCGGCCGCCGGAGGAGCCCGACCUGGUGAUCGAGGUGUCGGGCCGCCGUAUUCGGGCGCACAAGUCGGUGCUGGCGGCCAAGAGUGACUAUUUUCGUGCCCGCGCCUCACGGGACGUCCUGCGGGUGAAGGGGGUGAGCUACGGGGCGCUGCGGCUGCUCAUCGACUACGUGUACACGGCCCGCAUGGGCGAGGUGCGGCACGACAAUCUGGCCGAGGUAGUGAGCGGCGCCCGCGUCCUGCAGAUGCCCUGUGCCCUGCACUGUGCCGCCGAGGCCAUGCGCGCCCAGCUCUGCCUCGGCAACUGCUACCAGCUCCUCUGCCUGGCCAAGAAGCAGCGGCUGGCCGAGCUGCGGGAGGCUGCCUAUCGCUUCAUGAGCGACCAUUACCUGGAGGUGCUGCGGGAGCCCAGCGUUUACGGGCGCCUCAGCGGCGCUGAGCGGGACCUCAUCCUGCAGCAGCGCAUGGACGCCGGCCGGCCCUGCUUGCUGGUGGCCGAGGUCAGCGACGCCUUCGAGCGGCCAGGUGGCGGCAGCCGGCCACAGAGCCGCGAGAGCAGUCGACCGCAGAGUCCCUCCUCCGUGGUGUCGCUGGAGGAGAGCGGCUCCCUCAUUCACUACUACCAGGAGGGCAGCGGUGAGUGGAGGGUGCUGACCCGCCUGCCCGAGGAGGCCAACGCCAAGGGCUGUGCCAUGUGUGUCCUCCACAACUACCUCUUCCUUGCGGGGGGCAUCGUGACGGGGCCGGUGGGCACUGAGCCCAGGGCCCGCCUUUCCGACAAGGUCUUCUGCUACAACCCCCUGACUGACACCUGGAGCCAGGUGCGGCCGCUGGCUCAGCCCCGCUCACAGCUCAAGCUGCUGGCCCUGGAUGGUUACCUCUAUGCUGUGGGGGGCGAGUGCCUCUUCACCGUGGAAAGGUAUGACCCGCGGGCCGACCGCUGGAGCCCCGUGGCACCUCUGCCCAAGGGUGCCUUUGCUGUGGCCCACGAGGCCACCACUUGCAACGGGGAGAUCUACGUGUCAGGAGGCUCCCUCUUCUACCGCCUGCUCAAAUACGACCCCAAGCGCGACGAGUGGCAGGAGUGCCCUUACAACAGCAGCCGGCGGCGCUCUGCUGACAUGGUGGCCUUCAAGAGCUUCAUCUACCGCUUUGAUGUGAGCAGCGGCCGCGGCGGGGAGCAGGGCCCAGGCACGGGCGGCGGCGUCGAGGUUUUCCGGUACAACACGGUGGCCAAGUGCUGGAGCCAGUGCGCCAGCCUGCGGCCCAGCGGCGGCCCCGUGCAGCCCUUCCGCUGCGCCCCCUUGGGCAACACCAUCUACUGCGUCAACCGGACCGGCACCCUCCGCUUCAGCCUAGCCCAGGACGGCGAGGUGGAAGCAGAUGGUGGGCUCAAGGGCACCUUUGAUGGGGAGCUUCUUAAAGCUCCCUUGGAUGCCAAGGGUGUCCUCCUACCCUUCGUGCUUACCCUGCCUGAGAGGCUGGACAAAACGGGGGACCAGGAGGGCUCCCUCCCACUGUAAGGUGGCCAGCCUGGCUCUGGCCUCCUGAGAGGGGAGCUGGGCUGCAGAUCCACAAACUCCCAUCUACGCAGGGGACCUUCUCUGUUAUGUCUGCAGAGAAAAGGGACUUCCCCUUUCCUCCUCUCUGCUCUCAAGAUGUUGAGCUGGUUUUAACUCAGCUGUAACUCGUCUCAUGUUUGCUGGGCUUUGUGUGAAAAGCCAAGCACACAAAAGUAAAAGCUGCUAUAAAGGAUAAUCUCUGGAUUAUGUUUGUGCCAAUUCCCAAUCUGAGAAAAACGUUUUUAAACCUGGAUUUCUAAAAUUGUCUUGACAACAGUGUCAUAAUGGGACGUUAAUGUUGGUUGUGUGUUUACACAUAGUUGCAAUCUGGGCUGGAGCCUUUUCUGUCAUUUGUGGUUUUUUUCCCCUCUGGGAUGAUACUGAGGGAUAAACAUUGCUGGCAACAUAGUUUAGCUGCAUUAAACCAACUAUUUCCUGUGUUUAAAAAGUAUAGGAAGAACAUCUCCAUCACAGCCUUUCAUUUCUGGUGCAAUAGAUGGUUUAAGGAAGUUGUGGCACUGUAUUAGUCCCAGGAAUUUCAACCACAGAUGAGGUUGAUGAGAUAUCAAACUAAUGUUUUAAGUAACACAAAUGUGAGCCACAUGUUUUACGUGGAAUGCUAAGAAAAAAGAAAAAAAAAGUCAAGUUACCAUUCUAUAAUGUGGCAUUUUAUGGUAGAUAUGAAAUGUUGAUAUGUUCUUUAAUUGAAAAAGGCAAUGUUUUCUGUAUGAAAAGAUACUGUUUUAUUACUUUUCUUGAUCAGAGAUUUUGAAUUAGAAAUGAACUGAAGCUGUUCAAAUUGCAACCAAUUGAC